CCUUACAUAUUUCCGGACUAAUUUAUCCGGGUAAUUAUUAAGUUUCAAGGCUUCUUUCUGUCUUAGAUUUUCCUUGGUACUACUAAGCUUUUGUGCUCUGUCACCUAAACAUUUCACCAAUCCUCUUUUUACUGACAUAGAUUGGAUGGGAUGAUCUGAAGUUCGACUACCUGUUCGAAUGUGUAGGUUUUCUGUAAACACUAGUGUUUAACUUCCAGUCUUCUUUCCUUUUUACGUUGCAGUCUAACAUUUGAAGUUCCCUUUCAUGACUUUCCAAUUCAUAAGUGAAUUGAAUUACCCCCCACCUGGAGUUAAUGUGUUCAAAAAUCUAUCUGUGUUCUAAGUACCAUAAAUGUGUCAUCUACAUAAUUAUGGAGUGGGGGCGAACGUUUCAAUUGCUAUAUUUUCCCACCUAUCCAUGAAUAUAUCUGCUACAACCGGGGAUAUUGGUGAUCUCAUGGCAACUCCCUCAGUUUGUUUGUAUAUUUUCCCUUGGAAUUUAAAUACUGUAGAAGUCUGGCAAAGCUGCACUCUCAGCAUUAUAUCCUCAAGUGGCACUUUUGUCCUAAGUUCGAGUUCUUGGUCAGAAAUGAGUUCGUUUCUGACUGCCUCUAUAGCCAUAUUUAUUGGUAUACAUGUAUAUAAACUGGCAAUGUCAAAACUAACCAUUUUUUCUUCAUUAUCUAAUUUUAAAUUAUCUAAUCUGUGUUUUAGUUCAUAAGAAUUAGUUAGUCUAGAUUUCGAGUGGCUUUUUAGAGGAUUUAAUACCAUGACCCAUGGACCUUGAGCGCGCUUUUCGACUAUUACGCUACAUUUUGGUCAUAAAUAAAAUCUCUUAUUACUCUAAAAUUUUAUGCAAAGUGUUUGCGGAAAUUAUCACAAUUAUUAACCUUUCGAACACUGAAUCCAAAAAAUACAAUCUUAUUGACAGAUAAUACACAUAACUCACUGUUUGGAUUUGUGGAAUUUUUAAACAUAAACACAUCUAUAAUUGUAUAUAUUGUUGGAUUUAUAUGUUCAAGUUGCUCCAAGUCAGUGAGUUUAUGGUUAAGAUAUCAUUUUAGUUAACUGUACUGAACUAUAUUGCAUGUUGUCUUAUUGUAUAGUUGUCGUCGCUUUUUGCCCUUUUUUCUGUGAACUGUUUCCUUUGUUGAUGUUGUUCUCAUUGUUUGUCCGUUAUUUUCUGAUUUUGAGGGGAGCAACCCAAAAAGUUGCUUCUCUCUAAACUUUUACUUAAUGUAAUCAUUCUUUUCUCAGGCGUGAGGCUAGCAACCCCACCCUGUAAACAAAAAUUGCUACAGAAACUUCAGUAUGUGAACCUCCUUGCACCAAAAGAAAAAGUCUGUGUAGGAACAUGGAACGUCCGAACUAUGUACGAGACUGGAAAGCUGCCCAGAUCGCCAACGAGAUGAAAAGAUACGGAAUACAAGUGCUGGGAAUAUGUGAGAGCAGAUGGAAUGGGAGUGGACUCACCAAAUUGUCAACAGGUGAGUCAGUGAUCUACUCCGGUCACCCAGAAGAUAACCACACGCACACCGAGGGCGUGGCUAUCAUGAUGUCACCAACGGCAACGAAAGCCCUGAUACAAUGGGAGGCGAUUUCGUCCAGGAUAAUGACCGCCAGGUUCAACUCCAAAGGAAGGAAAGUGUCAAUCAUACAAUGUUAUGCACCCACAAACAACGCAGACCUCGAGAAGAAAGAAGAAUUCUACAGGCAACUACAGGCAACAAUGGACAAUACUCCAGCUGGCGACAUGAAAAUACUAAUGGGAGACAUGAACGCCAAACUGGGACCAGACAAUACGGGAAGGGAACUCAUCAUGGGUAGAGAAGCUCUAGGAGAAAUGAAUGAAAACGGAGAACUCUUCGCCGACUUCUGCGCCUUCAACGAACUGGUGAUUGGUGGCAGUGUAUACAAGCACAAAGAUAUCCACAAGGCUACAUGGGUGUCACCAGACGGGCAAACCAAAAACCAAAUCGACUUCAUCUCAAUCUCAAGGAAGUGGAGGCGCAGCCUACUGGACACAAAAGCAAGAAGAGGAGCAGACGUUGGCUCAGACCACUAUCUCGUACAAGGGACAAUCCAAAUCAAAUUAAAAGCUUUCAGGGAAUCAGGAGCUGCAGAUAGACCACAAGCCAAGUUCAACACUCAAAAGCUGAAGGACCAGGCUACAAAGGACAUCUUCAUUGCAAGCAUAAAGGACAAAGCCGAGACACAAAUCAACACUAGCGAAGAGGUCGGCGUUGAAAAGCACUGGAACAACUUGAAAACGGUGUGGAGCCAAACCUGCAUAGAAAUUCUAGGCAGAAAAAAGAGACAGGACAAACAGUGGCUCACUACGGACACUUGGAAACUAAUAGAAGAGAGAAGGACAGUGAAGCAAAAGAUUAUCCAGUGCACGGACGAGCAACAAAAACAGGAGCUGAAUGCAAGCUACAAUACACUGAACAAAAGAGUGAAGAAAAGUGCCAGGGAAGACAAAAGAAAAUAUUAUGAAACCAUGGCAAACGAAGCAGAACAAGCUGCAGGCAAAGGAGACCUCGCCACACUCUACCAAACAACUAGGAACCUUUCGGGCAAACGUUCGACACAGAUUAAGCCAAUAAAGGACGACAAUGGAAAGUCAAUCACCAAAGAGGUGGAACAGAGAAAGCACUGGGUUGAACACUUCAAAAGACUUCUAAAUCGUCCGCCACCUACAACACGUCCAGCAAUACCAACAACGGAAGCAGAACUACCAGUGAACACUGACCCCCCGACGAAAUCAGAAGUCCUGAAUGCAAUCAAGAUGCUUAAAACUGGGAAAACACCGGGACCAGAUGGAAUCCCAGCAGAGGCUUUGAAAAUAGACCCAGAGACAACAGCGGACUUGAUGACACCACUACUGGAGAAGGUGUGGAAAGAGGGCAAAGUACCCGAGGAUUGGAAGAACAGUUACUUAUUCAAACUUCCAAAGAAAGGAGACUUAAGUCAAUGUAAAAACUGGCGUGGAAUUAUGCUUCUGUCCAUUCCAAGCAAGAUACUAAGUCGCAUCAUCCUGGAGAGAAUCAAACAAGCCCUAGAUGAAAAACUUCGUCCGGAACAGGCUGGAUUCAGGAGAAACAAAUCAUGUAUUGAUCAAAUCGCCACUCUACGGAUCAUCAUUGAACAAAGCUUGGAAUGGCAGUCACCUCUCUAUCUCAACUUCAUCGACUUUGAAAAGGCCUUCGACAGCGUCGAUCGAGAGGUCAUUUGGAAACUACUUCGCUACUACGGGGUCCCAUCGACAAUUAUACACCUCAUCCAACAGUUAUACGACAAUGCUGCAUGCCAAGUAAUCCACAACGGGAAACUUACGGAAGCCUUCGAAGUGAGGACGGGAGUGAGGCAAGGCUGUCUACUAUCACCAAUGAUCUUCCUGAUUGCAAUUGAUUGGAUAAUGCGACAGACAACGGCAACCAACGAGGGAACAGGCAUAAAAUGGACUGACACAAAAGACUUGGAGGAUCUGGAUUUCGCCGAUGAUAUAUGUCUGAUUUCCCAUAAACUGGAAGAUAUGCAAGUGAAAAGUAACAAGUUGGCAGAAGAAGCAUCAAAGAUAGGACUUCACGUGAACAUAGAUAAAACAGAGAUGAUGAAGAUUCCUAGCCAACAUCAACAGCAACAACAACAACAGACAACAAUAAGCAUAAAUGGGAAGAACCUGAAAGAAACAACCUCCUUCACCUACCUGGGAAGCAUCGUCUCAACUACAGGCGGAACUGACGAGGACAUCAAAGCCAGAAUCGGAAAAGCAAGACAAGCUUUCAUUACUCUCAAAUCUGUGUGGAGGUCAACAGCAAUCAGCAUCAAAAAUAAGAUCCGGAUUUUCAACUCCAAUGUGAAGUCAGUGCUACUAUACGGAUCAGAGACUUGGCGAGUCAUAAAGAGCAUCUCAAACAAACUUCAAACCUUCAUUAACAACUGUCUCCGCUCAAUACUCAAGAUCAGAUGGCCAGAAAAGAUCAGCAACAGGGAUCUCUGGGAGCGAACCAAUCAGGAACCGAUUGUGAAACAAAUAGGCAGAAAGAAAUGGAGAUGGAUUGGCCAUACGCUGAGGAAACCAUCAAGUGACAUCACUAGACAAGCCCUCGAGUGGAACCCGAAAGGGAGGCGGCGAGUUGGUCGUCCAAGGGUGACUUGGAGGAGGUCAUGCGAGGAGGAGAUGAAAGCAUGUGGACAGACCUGGAGCAGGGUGAAAAAGUUGUCAGAAAACCGAAGUCAAUGGAGGUGCGCAGCUGAAGCCCUAUGUUCCUCUAGGAACUAAAGGAUACAAUAAUAAUAAUAAUAAUACCAUGGCUGAAUAUUUAGAUAAUUCAUAAGUAUACAAUCGGUGGAUGGUGGUGACUAGCAGUGUGGAAUCCAGGAUAACGCGCAUUUCGUCCUAUUUGGGACUC